UUAAAAGGACCAAAAACACAUUUAAAAAAAACAUCUUUAUGUUCCUCUCUCUUGGUCGCCUCCAUUCUUCUCACCUCUGCUGCCCCUCCCGCCAACCUCCGCCGUGAGCACCGCCGCGGUGAUUGACCACUCAAACAAACUCCAAUCACCACCACCACGCAAAAAUGCCACCCCCCAAUCCCAACCCCACCCUUUUAGCCACAAAAGCAAUCACAUAUCUAACCCGCCACCCACAAAACCUCCCAUCACUCGCCACCCACUUCACUCCCGACGCAGCCACCCACCUCCUCCUCACUUCUCAACUCACCAAACCCUUACUUCUCAAAUUCUUUUACUGGGCACACCCCCACAUUUUUUUCACUCCCCAUAUUAAAAUCUUAACCCUCCACAUCCUCACUCGCUUCCAUCUCUUCAAAACCGCUCAAACCCUCGCUCACAACCUUAUCACCACUAACACCACCACAUCUUCCACCCUUUUCCAUCACAUCAAAGAAACCUACCAUACCACUAACUCAUCCUCCGCCGUUUUCGACUUACUCAUCAAAUCAUACUCCCAAUUAAACCUCAUUGACAAUGCUAUUCACACCCUCCACCUCGCUACUCGCCAUGGCUUCUCCCCGGGCGUGUUAUCCUACAAUUCAAUACUCGAUUCAAUCAUACGUAGCGGACCCCAUUCGUUAUUAUCAAUUCAACAGGCUAACCGUGUUUUUUGUGACAUGGUUAGAAACAAUGUGUCACCGAAUAUAUACACUUAUAAUGUAAUGAUCCGCGGAAUGGUUUCCGUGGGGAGAUUUGAUUCUGGUCUCCAUUUCAUGAAUGAGAUGGAGACGAAAGGUUGUUUACCAAAUGUGGUUACUUAUAAUACUAUGAUAAGUGGUUAUUGUAAGGAGAAUAAGUUAGAUGAAGCGUUCGGUUUGUUGAAAAUUAUGGGUGGAAAACGCGUUGAGGCGAAUUUGAUUUCGUAUAAUGCCGUUAUUAAUGGUUUGUGUGGUCAAGGGAGGAUGAAUGAGACAAUGGAAGUGAUCGAGGAGAUGAGUUUGAAGGGGUUGAGUCCGGAUUGUGUUACGUAUAACACGCUUGUGAAUGGGUUUUGCAAGGAUGGGAAUUUUCAUCAGGCGCUUGUUCUACUUCAUGAGAUGUCUGGUAAGGGUUUGUCGCCAAAUGUUGUUACUUAUACUACUUUGAUUAAUGGUAUGUGUAAGGUUAAGAAUUUGAGUCGUGCGAUGGAGAUUUUGAGUCUUAUGCGUGAUAGGGGACUUAGUCCUAAUGAGAGAACUUAUACUACUUUAGUUGAUGGGUUUUGUAGACAAGGGUUGAUGAAUGAGGCUUAUAAGGUUUUGAGUGAAAUGGUUGAUAGUGGAUUUGUGCCUUCGGUUGUUACUUACAAUGCACUUGUUAACGGGUUUUGUUGUUUGGGGAGAGUUGAGGAAGCUGUUGGAGUUUUGAAGGAUAUGGUUGAGAGGGGUUUGUUUCCUGAUGUUGUUAGUUAUAGUACUGUUAUAUCCCUGUUUUGCCGAAAUGGGGAGCUUGGGAAAGCGUUUCAAAUGAAGUUGGAGAUGGUUGAGAAGAGAAUUUUGCCUGAUGCCGUGACAUAUUCGUCGCUCAUACAAGGUUUAUGUUGCCAGAGAAAACUUUCGGAAGCUUUUGAUCUCUUCCAGGAGAUGCUGGGCCGAGGUUUAUCGCCUGAUGAGGUUACUUAUACUACUUUGAUGAAUGGUUAUUGUGUUGAAGGUGAACUGAGUAAGGCUCUUGAUUUGCAUGAUGAAAUGAUGCAGAAGGGUUUUUUGCCUGAUGUUGUUACUUAUAGUGUACUUAUUAAUGGACUUAAUAAGAAAGCUAGGACAAGAGAAGCUAAGAAGCUUCUUCUGAAGUUGUUUUAUGACGAGUCUGUACCGAAUGAUGUGACGUACGAAACUCUGAUCGAAAACUGCAGUGGUAACGAGUUUAAGAGUGUGGUAGGUCUUGUUAAAGGAUUCUGCAUGAAGGGUUUAAUGGAUGAAGCGGAUCGAGUUUUUGAGACAAUGCAUCAGAGGAAUUUUAAGCCUGACGGAACAGUUUAUAAUUUAAUAAUACACGGACAUUGUAGACAUGGUAAUGUUCGUAAGGCAUAUAAUAUGUAUACUGAGAUGGUGCAUUGCGGUUUUGUUUCUCAUAUGGUGACUGUAAUUGCUCUCAUCAAAGCUCUGUCGAAGGAAGGGAUGAAUGAUGAGCUGAGUUCGGUAAUGCAAAAUAUAUUGAACAGCUGUACGCUCAAUGAUGCCGAGUUAUCUAAAGCACUUGUUCGAAUUAAUUUUAAAGAAGGUCACAUGGAUGUCGUUUUAAACUUGCUAACGGAAAUGGCCAACAAUGGCCUGUUACCUGACGGUGGAGAUUAUUCAUGUGCUUCAGCAAGUGCAUUGUAAUUUCUUAUGUUGCAUGUUGUACUUAGUUACUUCAAAAUUUGGACGGACACUUACUUCAAACAUCCAGUACGAUUGUGCUUGGGGAAAUGAAAUUCUCGAUAUGGAAGUAAUUUAUCAAUUCUUUUAAUGGAACUCCACAAUUGUCAAUAACCACAUUGACCAGGUUAAUACAACUCCCUCAUCUAUGUCUCUCAUGUUCAUGUUAUCUUUCCACAUGCAUUAAUACGUGUGCACGGACAAUGGGACGUUUUGCCUGCAAUUCUGAGUGAAACUCGGGAUAGUGGAUUAGGUUUUGCGACUUAACAUGGACAAUUGAUUUAUUUGUGAUGCUUGUAUAUACCUGGCAUCCUUUGGAGUUUGUAUUGUCAAUUCAGAUUUCAGAUUCUGUUGCCACAAGUUUAACUGUUUUUUCCUAAAGUAACAGUUUGUCCGAUGCCUAAAAUCAAAUGUCUUCGACUUUUUUUCUUCUUUUCUGUAUCUACUGAUCAACUUAUUGCUGCUAGGGAGUAGGGACCCCUUUAUUAGAGAACUCAAGAUGGAUUCAAAUCAAUUGUUUUAUCAAUAGGUAUUGAGUUUUAAAACAUGGAUGUCACACACUUGCUUUAUUACCUCGUUUUAUUUCGGCUAUAUAGUCUGCAGAAUAUUGUUUUAUUGAAAACAAUGUCUUAAUUGCACUUCAUUAUUUUGCUCUUCACUAGGACUGAAACCUUGUGUACUUCUUUUGCCUCCAUGAAUCAUGAUUUUACCUUUUGUUCAUCCUUCGUAAAUCUUAUAGCUGGCAAUCCAACCAUAUUGUGUUAUUAACCCAAAACACUUCUGUAUGUAGAUUUCCAGCCCAAAAUAAAUGGUUUCAUUUAUCAUGUGUCCAGCUACUCUGAUGGUAUAGUAAUGACUAGAAGAAAAAUAUUUUCUUCAAGAAAACUAAUUGAACACGAUACAUAUUUCGUGAUGCAGGAAACUUGAGUUAGAUAGUAGUUUGAAUUAUGAAUUGGAAGUCUAAACUUGAUAUCUUAUCUAGUGCAUGUUUGGAUUAGCUUAUUCUGGAAAAAUAUGUUCUUUUUUAUUCUAGCCUCCCAAGAUAGCUUUUGGAAAAAAUAAAUAAAUAAUUUUAUUUCUCAUCAUUAAGCUGUACCUGAUGUUUUAAUUAACUUUUGUGUGGUAAAAUUUAUUCUAGAAAUAUAAGGCUGAGUUUUAACAUGUUCGAGUGUUUAUGAGUUGAUUUGUUUUUACUUCUACGCAGUAGAUUCUAACUUGAAACUGAGAUAUAUUUUUAGCCUUACCAAUGAAUUUUAACUUUAAAUUUAUUAUUCAACUCAUUUUGAAGUAAAUAUGAAGUCUUUAUGAAUUGGAAAAUUCACUGGAUGAGCUGGGAACGUAUGUCUACUACAAAAAACAAAGGGGGUCUGGGGUUAUGAGGAUUUAGCAACUUUAACAGUGCACUGCUUGGUAAGCAUUUUUGGAGAUUGCAGACUGGGGAGCAUACUUUGAUGGGGAAAGUAUUCAAAAGCCGCUAUCAUCCUUGAGGGAGUUUCAUGGAUGCAAAAGUAGGUUACAUGCCUAGCUAUGCCUGGAGGAGUAUCAUGAGUGCCAGAGUAGUAAUUGAAAAAGGGGGAAAAUGGUGGAUUGGAAAUGACGAGACAACCAAAAUUUGGAAGGACAACUGACUCCCAAGCUUGAGCACUUUGAGAGUUCAGAGCCAAGUGAAGAUUCUCCAUGAGGAUGCUGUUGUGAGUGCUCUCAUUGACCAGGACACCAAGCAAUGGAAAAGAGACUUGAUUUUCUCUAUUUUCAACACUUUUGAAGCAAGGCAAAUUACUAGUAUUCCUUUAUCUUUCAGACUCCCAGAAGAUACAUUUAUAUGGGAUGGAGAGAAAGAUGGAAAGUACUCAGUCCGGUCAGCUUACCACCUGUUGGGAGAGGAAAGAAGGAAAGAAUUACCAGCUUCAUCUACUACAAAUGACAAACCGUGGAAAGGAAUUUGGAGUAUCAACCUCCCAAAUAGGGUCAAUAAUUUUCUUUGGAGAACGGCAAAAAAUAUCUUACCUACAAGAGGAAACCUGUGUAAAAAAGGAAUUAAAAUUGACUCUGUGUGCCCGCUUUGCAACCUUGAACCGGAAACAUCAGAACACCUCUUCAUGCGAUGUAACUUUGCACAGGUUGUAUGGUUCUCAUCUAGCCUUGGGGUCCAUGUUCCAUUAGACUCUACCUUAAAUCAAUGGCUUCACAAAUGGCUCAUGGGCAAGGAUACUUUAGGAGCCCAAAUCUUUUGUUCAAUUAUGUGGAAACUGUUGUAUGCUAGAAAUCAAAUUAUUUUCAAUCAAGCUAAUCCCUUUCCCCCUGAGAUAGCUAAUGCAGCAAGGGAUUUUGUUGUGGAUUUUAAUGAAGCUGUCCCAAAGAAGACGAAGAGUAGGAAGCAUGGCGCACAACAGGAGCCAAGUUCAAAUUUCUCAUGCUCAUGUGAUUUCUGUUGAUGCAGGUUGUUUCUCGGACGGCUAUACUGCGUAUGUUUGCGUGUUCAAGGACUAUACAAGUUUAACAACAUUCUCAGCUUGCAAAAAGGAACAAAUGACAGCUGAUCCUAAAACUGCUGAAGCUCUUGGCAUCCGAUGGUGUAUGCAGCUUGCGAAGGAUCAAAGAAUUAAGGAAAUUGUUGUGCAGUCAGAUGCGUUGGCUGUAGUGGAAUGCAUUAGGGGCUCUAAUUCUAUUGCUAGUAUUGAACACAUUGUGGCAGAUUGUUAAACUAUUAUGAAUGCUUUUAGUAAGGUUUCUGUUAACUUUAUUGGUAGAGAUUUGAAUGUUUUAGCCCAUAGAAUUGUAGGUUAUGCUAUGCAAGUAGGGAACAAGUCUUGGUUGGGAUAUCCCCUUCCUUUGAAUGAUGUUUGUCUCUUGUAAUACUUCUGUUGUUUAAUGAAGUUGUUUGAUUAUCAAAAAA